AUGUCUAUCCACGCCGCGACUGCUCUAGCAAUCACCAAUCCGCUGGUAAAAUACCGUGCACUCGUCGCCACCAAAGCCAUCGCCCCGGACAACGGACAGUUACGACUGGCCUUGCAUCUCCAGAAACUCUACGAUCGCUUGAAAGACUACGAACCGGAAGUAGAGUACAGCCGGCGCCUCGAUCAAAUCUCCCGCGCUGUGCGCUCAGAGGAUGCAGCGAGCAAUAAUGGCGCUCAGCAGCAAUCCCCACCGCCAUCCCCGCGGAGUACCUGGCGAGGUUUCCUCUCCGCCAAACAAAAGCGCGAUACCCUCGCUCUAACCCGUCGCCUGACGUCCCACGAAUCCGCGCUGCAAUUGAACACGCCCAAAGGACUGAUGCUGCACGGCGAAGUCGGCACGGGCAAAUCCAUGCUCAUCGAUCUGUUCGCCGAAUGCCUCCCGAACCGCAAGAAGCGGCGCUGGCAUUUCAACACAUUCAUGCUGGAGACGUUUUCGAAGCUGGAGGCUUUCCGUCGAGAUGGCGCGAUUCGCUCCGUCGAUGGAGUGGAGGAUUACUCUUUAAUGUGGCUGGCCAAGGACAUGAUUCAGACCUCGCCGAUUCUCUUUCUGGAUGAAUUCCAAAUGCCGGACCGAGUGGCGUCGAAAAUCCUCACGAAUCUCAUGACUUCCUUCUUCCACCUUGGAGGCGUGCUGGUCGCCACUUCAAACCGCAUGCCAGAAGAGUUGGACAAGGCUUCUGGCAUCGAGUUCCAGCCGCCUCCGUCGCGCUUGGAGUCUUUGGGUUGGCAGUUUGGGUUUCGGCGGAAGCCGAGUGGGCAUGCGGGGCGGAAUGAGUUUGCUGCUUUUCUGGAGGUGUUGAAGGCGAGGUGUGAGGUUUGGGAGAUGGAGGGCGGGAGGGAUUAUAGGCGGGUGGAGAGUGGGUCGUUGCCUGUGAUGGAAGUUGGGGAUGAUGUGGGGGAUGAGUGGAGUUUGGAUGGGCAGGAUGAUCUUGUUGCUCUUCGGGAGGUGGCUACAGGUGGCACUCCGAAGAUGCCGCAGUUUUAUCACGUUGUCUAUGAAAGUGAUGAGGAUCAUCGCGAGGUAUACGAGACGGCGCUGCGACUGGCGACUGGCGAAGACCAAGUCGACACCAUCGUCUUCUCCCCCGAUACAAUGCGAAUAUACGGCAGAACGAUCGUCGUCCCUCGAACAUACCGCGGCGUCGCCGACUGGACAUUCGACGAACUAUGCAAAACCACUCUCGGACCCGCAGACUACACAACCCUCGCCUCAACGUACCACACCAUCAUCCUGCGCCAAGUCCCAAUCCUAACCUCACUAAUGAAAAACGAAGCCCGCCGCUUCAUCACCCUCCUCGACGCCCUCUACGAAUGCCGCUGCAAACUCCUCCUCACCGCCUCCGCAGGCCCAGACGACCUCUUCUUCCCCGACCGCAAAGACGCCUCCCCCGACGAAGGAGACGCAAUCCAAUCCGAGACAUUCUCAGAAGCAUACCAAGACGCCACCGCGCCCUUCCGCCCCAACAUCCUCACCGACAACCCCAACUACGCAGAACCAGACCCAGAACCAAAUUACACCCACGCUCGCUUCGCCGGCCUCCUAAAAGCCGACGCCCUCGAAGACGAUCCGCCUAACAAACCGCACAAUCCCCAACGUCCCUUCGGCCGCUCUUUCGGCCGGACGGAUGCUGAAAUCGAACGCAGCCCCAUUGAUCCCGACGAGGAGAGAUGCACCGCGCGCCGCGGUCCCGAUUUCGGCAAAGCGGGCGCUUUCGUGGGCGAGGAUGAGCGCUUUGCGUAUAAGCGGGCGCAAAGCCGAUUGUGGGAAAUGUGUGGUGCGAAGUGGUGGGCGCGCAGCGAGGAGGGGUGGCAUCGGCCUUUACCGGCUGAUGUUAGAAGGUGGGAGCGGCCUUUUGGUGAGGUGAGGUCGGCGGAAAAGAUGUUCGAGUCUGGACCUGCUGUUCCUGCUGGAGAUGUGCAGAUUGGUGAUGCUAUUGUGGAUGAGACGAGGGAUGAGCGGUCUUUUCGGCAUGUGAGUGCCAGUCCUUUUCGCUCGACGACGGAGCCGCCGCCUAAGAUUUCUUGGACGCAUGCUUGGGGGAUGAUGAAGUGGGGGCGCAAGGCUGGCGCUUGGGGGCAGGGAGUUGAUGGUCUGAAGGACCGGGGGAAAUGA